GAAGAAUUUCAAAUCCCGAUCGAGAAGUUCCAAAAUUUUGUUCUUGAGAUCGAGAAGGGCUACCAUGGAAACCUCCCAUAUCACAAUGCGACGCAUGCCACCGACGUGCUACAUUGCGCCAGCUGGUUUGCGCGUUGUGAAGUUGUUUCCGAGGCCCUUACAUCCAUUGAUCUUAUGGCCACCUACGUUGCCGCCAUGAUUCAUGACUACGAUCAUCCUGGGCUGAACAACCUGUUUUUGAUCAAUACCGUCGAUCCCAAGGCCUUACUGUACAAUGACAAAGCUGUGUUGGAAAAUCACCAUCUCUCGGCAUCGUUUUCGAUUCUCCAGAAGCCCGAGUACAAUUUUCUUGCUCAUCUACCCAAGGUCGAAUAUAAAUUGUUUCGAGAGGCUGUUAUCGAAAUGGUUCUAGCUACAGAUCUAUCGCAGCAUUUGACAUUGCUGUCACUCUUUAAAAACAAAUUGGCAACCAGCUAUAACCCGUAUGAAGUUCGCGAAGAUAGACUCUUGAUGCUCAAGAUCCUAAUGAAAUGCUCCGAUGUCUCGAACCCAUCCAAGGACUGGUCGAUGUACAGCAAAUGGGUCGAACUGAUAUCGGAGGAAUUUUGCAGACAAGGAGACAUCGAAAAGCUGAUGGGGCUUCCUGUUUCGCCCUUCAUGGAUCGCGAAAAUAUGAACAUUCCGAGCUGCCAGAUUGGAUUCAUAGACUAUGUGGUCCUUCCGCUGUUUGAAGCCUUUGACAAGUACAUGCACUUUGAUGGACUGCUCGAUGUGAUCAGGGCCAACCGCGAGAAGUGGUGAGUCUAUUUAUGCCGUCGCUUAAUUUCGUUGCUCUCGGUGUGCUCCACGAUCUUGAUUCUAUUCGCGAUCAACUCUGAUCUGUCCGAGAUACGGUUUUUACGUUCGUAAGCACGUAAAUCCAUAUCACUCGAUGCCCCGGGAGAUCCUAACCGGCCGUCGCCAUGCUUCUCAUAGGG